GAGGCAUGACUUGACUCGAUCUAUAAAUGACCUGCAAGAAGGGUAAAAGUGUUGAGCAGUAAUUUUCCAUGCAAAAGAUCUAUAAAUGGUCCUUGAGGUUCCAUCCAUAUAUCUUCACAACAACUCGAUAACUUCUGUGUGAAAAUAGCGAUGUCAAGUAUGGUAUCAAGGCUAUUGUUUUUAACAGUUGCAGUGGCAUGGCUUACAAGUAGCAGCAUCGGCAGUGCUGGAGAUAAUGUGCUGCUCAUGUCAACAGAAAGGAUUGCAGAAAAGUUGACAUUUCAGCCCUUGUAUCCAUCCAGUUCUACUGAUGCCAUCAAAACAAGGUACAUGAGGUUUAUCAAGUAUAUUCGAGAGGAGCUUGUGAGCGGAGACGAGGUCCAUGGCAUACCCAGGCUCCAAAAUCCAGCCACUUUGACAGGUUCGAACCGAUUUCUUCAGGUGGCACUCUCUAAUCCCAGCGAGGAUGUCGUCAUUCUGGCAAUAGAUAAAGCGACUGCUGGUAUUGUCGGUUAUCGAACUAGAAGUAAGGCCUGCUUCUUUACGGAUACGAAUGGCCCGGAUACAUCCAGCGUUUUUCCUGGCAUGAUGCGUUACCAGCUUCCGUUCAGUAGUGGAUACUCGGGUAUGGAGGUAAUUGCAGGGUCCAGGAUGAAUAUUUAUUUGGGGAUUCUUGAAUUGUACGAAUGCAUCACGCAUUUAGACGAUCUUGACGAUAAAUCCUCUUUGGCUCGGUGCAUGCUGGUUACCAUUCAGAUGGUUUCCGAGGCCAUUCGCUACAGAUAUGUGGAGAACCUUGUGGUUGAACACAUUACCGAGACCAAUGAGGCCUACCUCCCAACCGCGGCCAUGUUCACCUUCGAAGAAAACUGGAAACAACUCUCCACCAGAAUCCAACAAUCAGUCGCCGGUGUAAUUUCCCCUGCAUUCGAGUUACCUGCUGCGUCAAACAAAUAUGUAACAUUAACCUCAAUCACCCCAACUCUGGGCCGAAACAUUGCUCUCCUUCUUUACGUAUGCGACUUCUGUGCCAAUAUCCUAGAGCCCACAGUCAGUAUUAUUGGCCGCAACGGACUUUGCGUCGAAGUCUAUUCUAAAUUGUACUACGAUACAUCACCAAUUAUCAUGGGGCCAUGUAAGUCCACCGAUAACAGCAAUCAACUAUGGACUCUGAUGCAAGACGGGACAAUUCGAUCCCAAGGAAAGUGCUUGACUGCAUUGGGUAUUGGAGUUGCGGUGAUCUAUAACUGCACCACUGAGCUCGCGUCUUCUAGUAUCAAGUGGAAAAUCGAGGAAAACGGGAAUAUCAUAAGCAUAGACAACAACUUAGCUUUAACCGCGUACUGGGAUGUUAGCCGGAGUCAAUUGAGAAUGAAGCGGAUAUCAUACUGGUCAAAGCAGGCUUGGAGUUUAAGUAACAGCACCGAACCAGUUGUGACACCGAUCAGAGGCUACAAGGGUAUGUGUCUGCAAGCAUCUGGCAAUAACACUGUCCAGGUCAGCAGCUGCACGGACCGAAUUUUCGAGCAAUAUUGGGCCCUCUAUCCUGAUGGCACUGUCCGGCCAAUUAUGUCGAAGAAAAACUGUCUCAAGUCGAAAGCCUCUCCGGAUGGUGAAGUAGUUGUGGUUCAUGAUUUGUGCGAUGGAGGUAAGGCUGAACGCUGGUUGUUCAAUCAUGACCGCAGUAUUUCUGAUGCGGUUAACAAAUAUGUUCUGGAAGUGGAGAAUCAGAAGAUAAGUGUUGUGAAACGUUCUGCAGAUGCGCCUACCGCGCAGCAGAUCUUCGAUAUAAACUUUGUCUGAGGUGAAUUACAAUUUCUCGGUUAGAUUCAAGACCAGUGUAUAAUUAUGAGCUUUGGUAUAUCCACUUAUGGAAAUCCAAAACAAUUAACAAGUGAUAGUAUAUCACAUGUAAGAGUAAAUAAGGUCUUGAACAAUGUCAUUUGUUCUUAUUUUGCUUUUAA